AGACGCCUUUCUUCGUUGCAUAGCAACCGUGCGCUCCAUUGCUACGGCGAGGCGCUUCCGAGGGAAAAGAGAGGAAGAGCGGCAAGAACUGUAGACUAUCAGUGGCUUCAUAGUUGACGGUCUUUUUUUUAAAACUAGGUUAUUUUAACAUCUUUUUCUUUCCCUGUUGAUCCGGGCAGCUGUAAUUAAUUUGCUGUGGUGAAAUAUCGACGUGGUGGCGGUUGUUCUUUCUGUGUAGCAACCGACGUCUGUGUGUUUGGACGGGUUCGCCACCAACAACACACACUCUGGCUGGAAAUCGUCAUGGCGUCCGCUUCCAGGAAGGCGCCCUCUGCGAACCCGCGCAAGAAAGCGGCGGGGCCCAAGCCGGAGCUCACGGAGGAGCAGAAGCUGGAGAUCCGAGAGGCCUUUGACCUCUUCGACACCGACGGGUCGGGGACCAUCGACGUGAAAGAGCUCAAGGUGGCAAUGCGUGCCUUGGGCUUUGAGCCUAAAAAGGAAGAAAUAAAGAAGAUGAUUGCUGACAUCGACAAGGAGGGAUCUGGCACAAUUGACUUCAAUGAUUUCUUAAGCAUGAUGACACAAAAAAUGAGUGAGAAGGACUCAAAGGAGGAAAUCCUGAAGGCCUUUCGGCUGUUUGAUGAUGAUGGCACUGGAAAAAUCUCUUUCAAGAAUCUCAAACGGGUUGCCAAAGAACUCGGUGAGAACCUGACAGACGAAGAGCUUCAAGAAAUGAUUGAUGAAGCUGACAGAGAUGGGGAUGGGGAAAUAAAUGAGCAGGAAUUUCUUAGGAUAAUGAAGAAGACCAAUCUGUAUUGAAAAUUUUGGGACAUUCUUAUUCCUGUAACAUGAUAAAGUUCAAGAAAAAACCUGUUUGUGUAUAUUAUCUACUCAACUUUAAGGAUGUAAAAAUUACUUUUAUAAACAUAACAAAUUAUAGUUUUGUAAAAUAACAUUCCAUUUUAAUCUUCAUCUAGAACUGCAUUAUUUACAUGUUGAUCACUAAAUAGCAUAAUUGCAUCUCAAAGUCCUUCAAGUGAUUCCUGAGUUGUGAUUUACUCUGCUAGUUUUUACCAAAGCGAUUGACAAUCUUAAAUAUAUAUACAGGCUGGAGAAUUUAAUGAAUGUUAGUACCUUGCUUCAUUGUUUACAAGACUUCAGAUUACAAUAUGGUGUCCUAACCACUAUUCUGCUGUGUCACCUUUUUUUUUUCUUUU